AUGCCUGCACUUAUCUAUGUUCUAGCCACGUGGUCCAAAGCUGGCCGUACGCUCACCUACGACGGACGCCGGAGGAUAACUCGAAGCAAGGCCGGUGAACUGUCCCUCGCCAUAGACCAAGUAAUGACCAACGAUGAGGGAAGGUACACAUUGACCCUCGAACCAUCGGAUGCAGAUGCUCCAACGGACAUGGGACCAAUCACUUUGAGCACAAGGGUUGAAGUGAAUACGAAACUGAAGGGAUCUCGCUAUGUGCGUGAAAACGGUUCGGGAGCAAGCUCAAGGGCUGCCUCACGUGCCCGAAGCCUUCUAAAUGGUCGGGGCUCUAAAGACCCAUUUUGAGUUGGCACUCUCACUACAGCGCAUUGCUGAGACAAGUAGAUCCAGUCAUCUUCACACUGACUUCCAAUGAAAAUUCCAUCAAAUUUGACAAAACACGUUUGGAUACAGACGUUGCAGUCUUUUGGCGCCUUUAACUCGAUUUUGGAUCAAUAUUGUGACUUUUGUGUCUUCCAGUUUAUCUUUCUUUCCUCUGGAGACCUUUGGAUUUUACGUCUUCAGUCCGCGAGAUACAAAACACUCAGAUCAAAUUGCCGGUUUAAAAACAGUCUUUAUUACACGCGCAUGUACACGACUUCUUUUCACCGUUUGGUCAUACAAAAAGUGAUCGCAAAACCCCAAGCGAACCGUCUCCCUCAUAUUUUGGCCUAAUGGAACACCAUCCAAUCCAUUCUGUGUCAUCAAGGGACAAGCAGUAUCUUCUUUGUGCAGCACAUCUUCUGUCCUCGAUUUUGUGUUUCCUUCGCUUGACUUACCCUUCCUGUCAGCACAGGAUUGAUUUUUCCCAUCCAAUACACCAGAUGGAUUAUGUUUUCAUGCAUUAACUCUCCGGCUGUCUCUACUCUAGGUCCCUAUUUUGUGUGCCUAGUAUAACAAAACGACUUGAAUUUCCGUGCUUAACUUCCCCUACACACUGGGUCUCUGUGGUAC